AUGAAUUCAUUGUACAGACUUAAGACUUUCAAUGACAAUGAAAUCGAAAAAAUUUACAAUGAUAUUAAAUUUAAAUUGAUUGAAACAAACAUAAUAUCACCUUCUCAGAUUUUACCAAUUAUUAAAACUGCUGCAAAAUCCAACAACUACUAUUUCAGGUCGUAUUGGACAUUAUUUAAAAAGGUUAUUGAAGAAUAUCAGCUUAAACAAGCCAAACAUAUUGGAUAUAUUUUCGAUUACUUUGUUUUUAAAGAGUAUGGAUUUUUGUUAGACGAAAAGCACAAAAAGUACAGAUCUUCUUACAAAACAAACAAUUACAGUUUGGAUGUUCACAAUGAAUACACAAUUUUCAGAUCAAUUAUGGAUGAUGACAUAAAGUCAUUCAUAUCUCAUAUUAAACACAAUGAUGAUAAUGUAGUUAUUUCAUGUAGAUCAAAUUUCUAUAUAUCCUAUAAACAUUUAUCAUUACUAGAAUUAUGCUGUUAUUAUGGCUCUGUUAAUUGUUUCAAGUUUUUGAGGGAAGAGUUCAAAUUUGAAAUCAAUCAUAUUUGUUGUCAAUUUUCUUUUUUAGGUGGGAAUCCAGAUAUCAUCGCUGAGUGUGUAAAGAAAUUGGGAUGGGACUUCACAUAUAGGAUAAUGGAACAUGCAAUAAUUUCACAUAACGUUGAUUUUUAUACAUUUUUGAAGAAUGAGUACAAUAUAAAAAUUGUACUAGAAUAUUGCACUAAAUAUAAUAAUCUUCAAGCUUUCAUAAUUAAUUUGGAUCAAACUCGUGAUUAUAAUCAAUGCUUAUUUUAUUCAUACUGUUUUAAUAAUCUGAAUCUGUAUGAAUAUUUACUUAACCAUGGAGCAAAUAUCAAUGCAAAAAAUCGAUGUGAUGAAACAGUCUUACAUGUUGUAACAAAGGAGAAUAAUAAAAAAAUGGUAAAAUAUCUCCUUUCUCAUGGCGCAGACCCUGAUAUUCAAGAUAAAACCCGUUCUACGCCUUUUCAUUAUGCCGUAGAAAAAAAUGAUACAGAAUUAGUAGAAUUGUUUUUUUACAUGGUGCACACGUUGGAUUUUUCGACGAUUUUGGAAAUACACCAAUUCAUAAGUCAAUAG